AUGUCAAAUUUAGCGAAAAAGAGAUUAAUUAGAGACUUCAAAAAAUUACAAGUUGAUUCACCUUACGGAGUUAGUGGUUCCCCAAUAGGAAAUGAUAUUAUGAAAUGGAGGGCUGUUAUUUUCGGUCCAACGGACACGCCUUGGGAAGGAGGCACGUUUCAGUUAGAACUUUUAUUUGGAAAUGAAUACCCAAACAGACCACCCAAGGUCAAAUUUUUAACGAAAAUGUUUCAUCCAAAUAUAUAUAUGGACGGAAAUAUAUGUAUUGAUAUACUUCAGAAGCAAUGGAGCCCGAUUUACGACAUUUCUGCAAUAUUGACAUCUAUUCAGUCUCUGUUAAGUGAUCCAAAUCCCAACAGUCCAGCUAACCAAGAAGCUGCACUUUUGUUUGUUGAAAACAGAAUUGAAUAUAACAGGAGAAUUAAAAAUUGUGUCAAAGAGUCCAUCAAUUUUAUUGAUCAUAAAGUUCAGGAAGAGGAAGAGAGCAAGGCUUAA